AUGGAAUAUUUUAAUGUUAAAAAUCUGACAUUCUUUUCUAAAAAACUUACAUUAAUCACUCUUUUGUUAUGUUUAUUUUUGAUUCCUAUUGUUAGAGCUCCACCACCUCCACUCUCUCCUUCAACUAUUUCCACUUCCUUAACUGUUCCUACUUCUUCCACUAUUUCCUCUUCUCACACUCUAAUUUCCCCUUCACCUCUUUCACCAUCUUUAUUACAUGAAGAUGUUGAUUCAUCUUCUGCUGUUAAUAUUAAUGAAUCAAACUCUAUCUUAUAUCUUGUUGAUGUAUCCUUAUUAGCACUGGAUAUUGGCAUUUGCAUUUAUUUGAAGAAUACAUAUGAAAAGAAAAAAGCUGCUGAGCCUGAUUUUAUAAUUUUAUUAAGUUUUUUAAAUAUAAUUCUCAGUACAUUUGGAAUGAUCAUUGGAUGUGGUAAAACAACAAAGGCAAUUCUACAAGGAUUAACAACUAUGAUUUUUUGGCUUUAUCCAGUAAUAUUCAUAUGGAAUGAUGAUUAUAAAUCAAACAAGGAAUUUGAAAAGGACAUAAUAAUUUCUACAGCUUUGAUAAAUUUUUUAAAUGCAAUUCGCUUGUAUAAUAAUUCAAAAGAUUACAAUUCUUUUAAUAUUGAAAUUUUUAAAAUAAUUAUGAUUUUGAUCAGUAAUUAUGAUGAAUUUCUAAAACCAAUACUAUUAAUUAUUCCAUCAACUGUUCAAGAAAGCUCGAAUGUUGGGGAAAUCUCAAAUGUAUUUGGAAUUCAAUGA